AUGCAGGAUGUUCAUGCCAACGUGGGCGGCAGCCGCAAGCGGUACGCCGGCAUAGAGACACACACACACAUAUACACACACGCCCACAUUCACGGCCAAGCACCUGAUGGAUUGUGUGUGUGUGUGUGUGUGUGGGAUUUGUUGCAGGGGUGCGCCCGAGGACGACACCGAGUCAGACACAGAGCACCUCGGCGCGCGCAAGAAGCGCAAGCAGGACCACAACCAGCACCAGCAGCCCCCACCCAGCGGUGCGGCAGCGGCGGCGGCAGCUGGAGGAGCUGGCGCUGCAGCAGCAGGUGGACGGCGGCGAAGGGCGAGGAGGGAAUACGAGAGGAAGUGGGAGCGCGUUGGCGGCCGCCUGCAGCGCAUCGGACCUCAGUAGCCUACCUAGUCUGUCUGUCUGUCUGUGUGCCUACCUACCUGCCUUGGCUUCGACGGGAGGGGGUGGGGUGCCUGGCAUAGCAUGGCAUGGCAUGCUGUCUGUCUGUCUGUUGUGUGCAUAUAUAGCACGGGAGUGAUGUGAUGUAUGGCCGGUGCUGCCUGUGUGUUGUGGGUGAGCAAGCAAGCAAGGAAGGAAAGACUUCGAUCGAUGGCUUGAUCAGAUCACGCGACGACUCACUCCCUCACUCACCUGUCCCAAACCUAGUCUGUUUUGUUGAUGAGCACACGCGGCCUGCGCUCCUUGACGGCCGACUGCCAGCUCGUGCAAGAAUGUGCCUUCGAUCGUUCUUGGUGGCUGUGGUCAUGGAGGGACAGACAGAGGCCGAUGUCCCGACCGAAAGAGAGGAAAGACACAAAAGACAUCUGCCUGCCUAGCUGCAGCUGCAUGGACGGAUGGAUGGAUGGACGGCUGGCUGGCUGUGAACAGUGUGUUCGUUGACGAUGGUUGGGCAUGGUUGGAGUCAGAUGAGUGAGUGAGUGAGCACGGAAUGGAUGGAAUGGCCAGAUGGCCGGGGGGCGGUGAUAUUUUUUGUUUGGCACCCGCACACCACACCACCUCUGCCAGCACUAGUUGCCCCAUUGCCGCUCUGACCUUUGGCCGCUCUCUGAGUGAGCUUGGGGACCGGGGCAGUGAUGGGACAACCAGUGCUGGGAGGGGGAGGGGUGGUGCGUGCGGCCUGGGAUGUGUGUCAGUGGACGGACGGACUGACCGACAAGACAGACAGACAGACAACGGCUCGACUGACCGCUCCCCGUGCGGGUGAGCGGUGAGUGGAUGGUGUGCACAUGUGAGGCUGUUCAUCGCUGCCCAUGCUCAAUAUUUGUGCUCUCUCUCAGUCUAUAUGUAAUGUGCUUUCCUUUGAUGGCAGGCCAUUUAGCCAAUUGAUAGGGCCAUCUAAUGUCGUGUGUUUUGUUUGUGAGUAGACCCACUGCUGCCUGGCUGUCCUCGGAGUGUGUGGCCACGUUCUCUCUCCCCGUGGAUCCGUGCUCCGCAAUUCGUUUGCCCUCUCUCUCUCACACGCACGCACCUGCCUGGCUGGCUGUCUGCCUUUCUUCCACUCCGUGUGUGUGCGCCCCAGAGCGGCUGUGUGCGCGUGUAGUGCUGUUUCGUGCGUGCCUCUGUGUGUGAAUGGCGGCUCUGCGUGUGUGCCGAUCGUGUGUUGUACAGACGUGCGAAUUAACGGACGGCUGGCUGCGUUUGAGCGUGUAUGUGAGGACGGGCGAGGCUGCGUUCGUUGAUGUGUAGGCGGGAUGUGUCAGCGGGUGGUGCAUGGCUGGGUGCCGGCUGACACGGACGUGUAAAAUGGUUUGGUG